AUGUGGGCGCUGGGGGCGCGGGCCCUGCUCCUGCUGCUGCUCCUGGACGCCGCGGGGGCGCAACGCGACGUGUGCACUGUGGAUCAGAAGGUCAAAGCCAUGAAAGAGAACACGGACCCCUCGAAUGUGGUCCUGGCUGUCAUCACGGUGCCCACAGACCAGGAGGUGCAUCUGACAAAUGAGUCCAAGAAAUACUUUUUCAUCAAGAACAACGAGCUCUUCCUCAAUAAUACUCCAGACUACGAGGUUAUCACACAUACAGUGGACCUGGCCAUUGAGGACAUCAACGACAAUCCCCCGAAAUUCUCCAAGGAGACCUAUACUACGAGCGUGCCAGAGGACACCGAAGUGAACUCCAUAGUCAUCUCUGCAUCGGACCUGAAGGCCACGGACGAGGACCUGAGCGAUGUCCUGUUCUAUGAACUCAAGGAAGUGACCCUGGGAGCCAGCAAGUUCUUCUCCCUGGUGAGCCGAACCCAGCCGGGCCUCAGGCUGAUCCACACACUGAACUAUGCCGAGCUUGCCCAAAUGACCUUCACGCUGUUGGUCCGGGACACUGAGAAUGAGAACCAGAAACCCAGUCACACAGCCAGCGCCACUGUGGUCGUGGACGUGCUGCCCGCAGACCUGCGCCCCCCUUGGUUCCUGCCCUGCCAAUACAAUGACUCUCGCAUCUGCGUCCCCGCACAGUACGAGGGGAUCGUCCCCAUAGAUGCCACGCCGGGCGUGGGCGUGGUCUGUGGGGUCACGGAGCCAUUCACCGUCAAAUUCACUCCUGGGCCCAUCUACGCUGUGGACGGCGACUGGGCCAUCAACGAGAAGAUCAUCUACAGCCUGCAGGGCGAAAGCGCGGAAAAUGGGAUGUUCAGCAUCGACAGCGACACCGGCAACGUUACCAUGCACAGGCGUGGCAACCCCGGGCCCUUCCCAUUGUGGGUCACGGCCACACAGAAGUCCGGUGCGCGCUACUCGGUGACGCAGGUGUUGGUGAAGGUGACCAGCGAGAAGAGCAACGCCUCCUUCCCCCUGAGUCUCUACCGCGGCUUCCUGGUGCUCGGCCAUGGGGCGGGCGUCGCCGUCAAGGACACUGCAGACCCUUCCCAGCCGCUGAUCCUUCGGGCCCGGGACCUAUUCUCUGCGUACAACGAGGACUUUGUGUACCGAAUCACGGACAAUGAGAACUUCAAGAUGUCUGGGGAGGCCGUGCUGACCACCUCCUCGCUGGUGAACCCGGGGACCUACUUAGCACAGGUGGAGGCCCACAACGAUGUCACGAAGUCCAGUGCCACCACCCGCGUGGAGAUUCAAGUCUCUCCGAAGCCCACCCCUGCCCCAGGUACCUCGCAGCCGGGAUCCACAGGCCCCACGUCCACAGUGCAGAUGGCGGCGCUGGGCGGGGUGCUGGGGGCGCUGCUGCUGUUGGCGCUGGUGGCCCUCGUCGUGCUCGUGCACAAGCAUUACAGCCACAAGUUCAAGUGCUGCUGCUCCCGGACACGGCUGAAGGCCAAGCCAGAGGACUACGACAAGAAGGCCUUCGUGGGUGACAGCGAGGCCAACUGGGACGAGGCUCCCUCCCCAGUGACGCGCUCUGCCGGCGACAAGGACCCCCUGCCCCCCCCAGAUCCCACGCCCCCUGAGUCCCCAAAGCCUGCACCCUUGGCAACCCCAAAGCCUGUGCCCUCAACACCCCCAGAGUCUGCGUCCCCCACGCCCCCGACCUCGGCGCCCCCCAGCCCUCCUCCCCUCCUCCGUGUUGCUGACUCUCCGCCCCCUGCGGUGGCCCAGGAGCCCCCCGAGGGGAGCAGCCCCCCGGCAGUGAGGUCCAUCCUGACCAAGGAGCGCCGGCCGGAGGGUGGCUACAAGGCCGUGUGGUUCGGGGAGGACAUUGGCGCCGAGGCGGACGUGGUGGUCCUCAACACGCCCACGGUGGGCGCAGAUGGCGACAGCGACGGCGAUGGUGGGGGCGACUCGGGCGGUGAGGACGACGGGGGCGACAGCAACUCCGUCUUCGUCUAG